AAGGCCCGCGUCGUUAGGGAGCGUGGGAGCGGAGUCUCUGGUUACGGGGUUGGGCAAAGGUUAAAGGGCAACCUCCAGGUGGGAGAGCGCCGACUUUGCGCAAUGGCCGCGUCUGGGGAACCCAGGAGGCAGUGGCAGGAGAAGGUGGCGGCGGCGGCGGUGGUGGUGGUGGGCUCCUGCAUGACCGACCUGGUCAGCCUUACUUCUCGUCUGCCAAAACCUGGUGAAACCAUCCAUGGUCAUAAGUUUUUUAUUGGCUUUGGAGGGAAAGGUGCCAACCAGUGUGUCCAAGCUGCUAGGCUUGGAGCAAAGACAUCUAUGGUGUGCAAGGUUGGCAAAGAUUCCUUUGGCAAUGAUUAUAUAGAAAACUUGAAACAGAAUGAUAUUUCUACAGAAUUUACAUAUCAGACUAAAGAUGCUGCGACAGGAACUGCUUCUAUAAUUGUCAGUAAUGAAGGCCAGAAUAUCAUCGUUAUAGUGGCUGGAGCAAAUUUACUGUUGAAUACUGAAGACCUGAGGGAAGCAGCCAGUGCCAUCAGCAGAGCCAAAGUAAUGAUCUGCCAGCUAGAAGUAACUCCAGCAGCUUCUUUGGAAGCCCUGAGAAUAGCCCACAGCAGUGGAGUAAAAACACUGUUCAACCCAGCGCCUGCCGUUGCUGACCUAGACCCCCAGUUCUACACUCUCUCAGAUGUGUUCUGCUGCAAUGAAAGUGAGGCUGAGAUUCUGACCAGCCUUGAGGUCAGUAGCCCCUCGGAUGCUGGGAAGGCUACGUUGGUGCUCAUGGAAAGGGGCUGCCAGGUUGUAAUCAUCACCUUAGGUGCUAAAGGAUGUGUGAUGCUGUCACAGACAGAACCUGUCCCAAAGCACAUUCCCACAGAGAACGUCAAGGCUGUGGAUACUACGGGCGCUGGUGACAGUUUUGUGGGAGCGUUGGCCUUCUACCUGGCUUACUACCCUAAUCUGUCCUUGGAAGAAAUGCUCAAGAGAUCCAAUUUCAUCGCAGCAGUCAGUGUCCAGGCUAUAGGAACACAGUCAUCUUAUCCAUACAAAAAAGACCUGCCCCUUGAUCUGUUUUGAUUGCUAUUAACCCCAAAAUAAAUAUACCUGGAAAUAAAGUGUACUUGGGGAUGGCCGCUCUUAACUAGCAACUUACUGUGUCAUCUUCUCCUUUCUUUGCAAAUACUAUAUUCAUUUACUAAGUCAUCCUCAAGCCUUCAUUUAUUUCUUUAUAAUGAUGAUUUCUUUGCUUUUCAUGCAAAAGUCAACUAGACAGAAUUAAGGAUUCCACAACGAAGACUUGUGCAAACAAUACCACUGUUCAGGAACCAGCAAACUCUACUGGCAACACAUCAAGAUACUAUAAUGUACACCAUAGAGCAGAGGUUGCAUACAACGGUGUCUAGAGUCAGAGCAGAGAAUGUUAAAGAAGGGAAGGAGGCAUAUGAGUUGGGCCACGCAAGCAGUUCCUAAGAGGGGCGGCUGACAUUCAGCUUUGCCUUUAGUGUUGUCAAAGCUUCUGGUUUUGCAAGGGAAGCCAAAGUUUGGAUGUUUAUUGAAAUCUUUCAACAUUUAGGUAUCAGCAACUGAGUUUUUUAAAUUGUAAAUACCACCUGUGGGCUGCUUUCAGCCCAUGUGCUGAAUAGACAAGUCAUUUGCUAAGCCAGAUUCUAAGUUUUUUGAAAAAAAGGUGAUUCAUGCAUGUCACAGACCCUUUACACUGGGCUUAGGUAGGAUCAGGUGAAGGAUUUUUCUUGUAACCCAAGACCACAAUGUAGAGUUUCAAUCUAAAAACAGCCAAGAUCUCACCUAGUAUUGCUUUGAAUUAGAGCUUUAACAAAGGAUGCCAGAAAAAUAGCUGAUUGACUAUAAUGCCACAAGCCUCUAAGAUUCAACAACUGUCUAAUUUCAUUUCCAGAGAGCUGCGCUCGUAUUUCCUCAGGAGACAGAUUGGGCCACAGGGAGGAACACCUGUUAUUUUGGAACAACAUUGGUUUCUUAAUGCUUGUGGUCAUGGUGAACACUCUAUCGUUCUCCCCUAUAAAUGCAGUAGGAUACGUACCAGCAGAGCUCAAAAUGUGAGCUGAUCCUUACCUUCAACCAGAAAUUUGACAAGUAAAGGAGAAAAUGGGCAAUUUUGAAAAUCUGUAGUAAACAACAGCUUGAGUGGGAAAGUGUACAGAUCUGGGUAGGGCAGGAGUCCUUAUCUGAUAGGAUUUCCAAGCUGAUUAGCUGUGUGGUACCACUGCCCCAGAAGCCCUAGCCAUUAGCUUUAUGGAAAUACACUAUAGCGCCUCUUAUUUAAAAAAAAAAAAAAUCUAGGUGUUAAAGCAGUCCAAAGCUGUCCUAGAAAAUCCUAGAUACUACUUUGGAGACAUGAGUUUGAGAAUAUGGACCAAUGGCAUUUUUAUAAUUAUAUAAGCACAAACCAAAAAUAGCAGAUCUCUUGGUUUCUUCUGUGUUACAGCUGGCUCCCUUCUUACCAUUCCUG